AUGGGUAGUUACAGUGAUAACGGAGACGAAUUUUUUGACGCCCAUGAGGCGUUUGCUUCAAUGUUGAACUCAGGCUCCGAUUGCUCCCUGGAAGACUGUUCUACCUCUAGAUUCGACUAUGAUUAUUGGGUUGGGAAUCUGGAAAAGGGAUAUCAAAUACACUACAUAACAGGUUGUGAGCAUAUAACAGGUCGUGAGCAUAUAACAGAAGCACUUGUUGUCAGAGUGGUCUCUUCUGUGGACAAGAAGUUGGAAGUGUUGGAUAAGUCUCUUAACAACUGGGGACUUGCUUUACAGGAAUUAAGUGCAAUUGUUCCUGCCCGUGAAAAACAUACUAUAGUAAGAAGUGGAAUCAGUAAGAAGACACAUCAAAGAACUGGAGUACCAGUUGUUGGGAAUAAGAUUCCUUUUAACGAAUUAUACAGUCAAUCUGCUAUCUAUAUAGCACGGGAUGGAGAAUGGGAAACAUGUGUGAUAGAGGUGAUAAUUUAUGGUAGGGAUCCAAAUUGGGGGCAGGCAGCCUGUGCUGCAGGGUCAGCAGCUAGUAAUUACCUGAAAGAGGCGGGUGAUGCUCAUAGCACUGUCAAAAUUCAAAUAUCCAUAGUUGAAAAAAUCGGAUGGAAGGGAACAAAGGAAGAAUAUGAGGACGAGGGGGAUUAUGAACAAAAGUUGCAUUCAACUACAAAUAAAAACUCGGGAUAAUUUAUACUUUUGUGUGGUACAUGUUUAUUUUUUAGCAUCAGUCGUGGAUAUGUUACCUGAAGUAAGGCCAAUUUAUCUGUAUGAGAAAAGUCUUGAGAAAUUAAGAGCUGAAAGUUGUAAUAAACUCAAAGUAAAAUCUUACUAUUACGAAACUCUUUUGGUUAAACCUACCUUAUUGACCUGUAGUUGAUUACACAUUAAUUUAAUUAUGCAGGAUUUUAAGUUUUUGAUGGAAAAGAAUAGUGUUAAUGCUCUUCAUAGAAAAGUAUUUUGGUAUUUUACGAAAUUUGGCUAAUAAUUUAGUUAAUUAUAUAAAAACUAUUGAAAUGUUACAUUUGUC